UCUCUAUAAAUGCUCUACAUUCAAUACUAUAAAGCUUUGAGCUUUUAUUUUUUCUUCUCAUCACUUGUUUCUUUUUCAGUCUUCUCUUCUCCCUCUCAUGGCUUUAGAAACCCCUAACCACACUCAGACGGUAGCAGGGUGGGCGGCUUAUGAUUCCUCCGGUAAAAUCGCCCCUUACAUCUUCAAACGAAGGGAAAAUGGCGUCAACGAUGUGACCAUUCAAGUGAUGUAUUGUGGGAUCUGCCACACUGACCUCCACCAUGUUAAGGACGACUGGGGUAUCACCAUGUAUCCUGUUGUUCCUGGGCAUGAAAUAACGGGGGUGAUAACCAAGGUGGGAAGCAACGUGAAGAACUUCAAACUAGGGGACAGGGUGGGGGUUGGUUGCUUGGCAGCAUCCUGUUUGGAGUGUGAAUUCUGUAAAAACUCGCAGGAGAACUACUGCGAUCAGAUCCAGUUCACCUACAAUGGCAUUUUCUGGGAUGGUACCAUUACUUAUGGUGGAUAUUCCGAAAUGCUAGUUGCAGAUCACAGGUACGUGGUCCACGUGCCGGAUAACCUGCCAAUGGAUGCAGCAGCCCCACUAUUGUGUGCUGGGAUAACAGUUUUUAGCCCCAUGAAAGAUUGCCAACUGCUGGAGUCACCAGGGAAAAAAGUGGGAAUAGUUGGCCUGGGGGGUCUGGGUCACGUUGCUGUUAAAAUGGCAAAGGCAUUUGGUCAUCAAGUAACCGUCAUCAGCACUUCUCCGUCAAAAGAAAAUGAGGCUAAACAGCGUUUGGGCGCUGAUUAUUUCCUAGUUAGCACAGAUGCUAAACAAAUGCAGAGAGGUAAGAGGACGCUAGAUGUUAUUUUGGACACAGUCUCAGCUAAACACUCACUCGGACCGAUCUUGGAACUGCUCAAAGUAAAUGGGACUUUGGUAGUUGUGGGGGCACCCGACAGGCCAAUUGAGCUUCCUUCUUUUCCAUUAAUAUUUGGAAAGAGAGCAGUAAAGGGAAGCAUGACAGGGGGUAUGAAAGAGACGCAAGAAAUGAUGGAUGUGUGUGGGAAGCACAACAUCACGUGCGAUGUAGAGCUUAUCAAGCCAGAUAAAAUCAACCAAGCUUUGGACCGCCUUGCCAGAAACGAUGUCAGAUACCGUUUUGUUAUCGACAUUGCCGGAACCUCUAAGCUUUGAAGAUCGAAUCAGUGUUCCCUUGCAUGUUCCUUGGCAAUCGAUUCAUCUAUAUCUGUUUGUUUUACUCUUUACUACAACCAGUUGUUUUAUUGGUCGUCAUCUUCAAUCUUCAUUAAGUGGUGGUGUUGUAACAUUACAUAAAUCGAGUUUUUCAUCACUUUUUUUUGGUUAUUUCGUGUAUUUAAUUAGAAGAAUCAUGCUAUCUUCUCCUUGAAACGACUCUGCGAUAAGCAGAAAAGGGAAUUCUGCUUGAGCAAUUUUAUAAUUUCGAGCAUAAUUAGUAUUUUAAUAAAUUAAUAAUUAAUUUCAA